CUGAAAACAUCAAGCCGGUCCUAGUUCAAAAAUGGUACCCAGGUGUGAAGGUUAACCUGGAUCAACUGAAUGAUAUACCCAUUUGGAUACAGCUGCCUGACCUAGACAUGAAAUACUGGAGCCUGACUGGUUUAAGCAAGAUUGGAAGCUUGGUGGGUAAACCAAUCAAACGAGACCGCCCUACUGCCAAUAAGACUAAAUAUGCUUAUGCAAGGAUACAGGUGGAAGUUAAAGUCCAACAGGAGUUCCCUAUGAUGGUUAGCUUUAUAGAUGAUGAAGAGAGAGUGAGGAACCAGCAGAUCAGAUAUGAAUGGUACCCUUGUAUGUGCUCUCAGUGUGGGAAAUUGGGACAUGUGCAGGAAUCUUGCAGGAAAAAGGGAAAUAAACCUCAUGAAGUAAGAAGGAAGUUGGUAUGGAAACCCAAACAGGGGGAAGUAGAAAAGGAUCCAGCAUCUGAAAUAGCAAAGGAGCCUGAGACUGAAAUGGAAAACAAAAAGGGAGCACCAGAGAUUGCUCUUGAAGAAGAAUUUAAGGUGGUUACUGGAAAGAAAGCAGGGAAACCUAAGAUGGUGGAAAGUAGUGAAGGGACAGAAUUGGGGGGAACAAUAUUACUGAAGAAGAAACAAAGGAAUUCAAGGAUUGUAUGGCAGCUUGUGGAAUGGAAGAAAUUCCCAGUGAAGGCAGCUACUAUACUUGGAACAACAA